AAAAGGCUCGCAUAUUUUGAUCAUACACAACACUAUUGACAACAAAAGAUAUGGCGAAAAACAAUGGGCAAAUGGAAGUGCUCGUGGGGCCGCUGAAUGACAUCCAAGCAGACGGUCAUCUCAUUGGCUGAGAAUGUAAUUAAUUAUAUCAUAAAAAUCAACUCGUGGUCUCAGCGACUUGCAAGCCCACAGAAGAAACACGACCUCUUUGCUUAUCCCUAUAGUCAGAAUGUCCGGCAAUAAUCAACGCCUGAGCAUUUUCCCAACGCGAAUGGCCUUGACGACCAUGAAGGGAAAGCUGAAGGGUGCACAGACAGGACAUUCCCUUUUGAAAAGAAAAUCAGAAGCACUGACCAAACGAUUUCGAACGAUCACACAAAAAAUCGAUGAGCUUAAGCGAAAGAUGGGAAAAGUCAUGCAGGUAGCAUCCUUUUCGCUUGCAGAAGUUCAAUAUAUUACGGGCGAUAUAAGUUAUCAAGUUCAAGAAUCGGCAAAAACCGCUCAACUCAAAGUACGAGCCAAGCAAGAGAAUGUAUCUGGUGUCAUGCUGCCAGUGUUCGAGAGUUACAACGAAGGAGGAAAUGCCUUUGAAUUCACUGGUCUUGGUAGAGGUGGUCAGCAAAUUCAAAAGACAAAGGAAGUUUAUGCAAAGGCUGUUGAGACCUUGGUCGAACUAGCCAGCUUGCAGACGGCAUUUGUGAUUCUUGAUGAAGUCAUCAAGCUAACCAAUAGACGUGUUAACGCCAUUGAGCACGUUAUCAUUCCUCGUUAUGAAAACACCAUCAAGUACAUAUUAUCGGAAUUAGACGAACAAGAUCGUGAAGAAUUCUUCAGAUUGAAAAAAGUGCAAGGCAAGAAGAAGGAGAGAGCUGCUCUGGAAGAAGCCGACAAUGCUAAGAAGCUCGCUUUGGCGCAAGCCGAGAGUGAACAUGAUGCUGAAAUCAGUACACCCGUGCUUCAGGCAGCACAUGAAUCUGGCGAACUAGAUCUUUUGGGCGACGAAGAGGACGAGGAUGUCAUUUUCUAAUGCAAAUCCUCAAUGGGAUUGACUUAAAAGCACUGAAAAACGACUUCAACGAGGGUUUUUUUGCAUGUUCAUGUUGCAUAUACCUUUUUUUUUUUUUUUGGUUCAAUACAUUUUUUAUGAAAUGAUGGGCAUGAUAUUAGAAUGUAC